AAAGAUGGUGACUUGCCUGUUCCACUACACAAGUCAGUUGAGAUAAACAACGUUACAGUCCGUAUGAAAUGGUGUACAACUUGUAAAUUCUAUCGACCACCGAGAAGCUCUCACUGUAGCAUGUGCGACUGUUGUAUUGAGGUUUUUGAUCAUCACUGUCCAUGGGUAAACAAUUGCGUAGGCCGGCGAAAUUACAGAUACUUUUUUCAAUUUUUAGUAUCUUUGAGUGCUCACAUGAUCAGUAUAUUUUGCCUGUGUCUAGUUUUCGUACUGAAUCACAAGCAGGACCUCAAGACAACUGAAAAUAUUGUCUCGAUGAUAUUAAUGGGAAUUAUAGGCCUACUUAGUGUGCCAAUUAUAGGUCUUACUUGUUUCCAUGUCGUUCUCAUUGGCAGAGGAAGAACAACAAAUGAACAGGUGACGGGAAAGAUGAGAGGAACUGAGAAUCCAUUCAACUUGGGCUGCUUCAAGAACUGUUGCUAUCUUCUUUGUGGCCCAACAUGGCCAGGGUUAGUCACAUGGUUGAUUGGCUGA